CGCCGAGCUCCUCUAUAAUCUUUGCUGCCGAGGGAGGCGCCAGAGACGGACGGAAGAGAAGCGACGCCAUGGACAGCCUAAUCAGAAGCGGCGCCAUGGACGGCUUAAGGAGAAGCGGCGCCAUGGACAGCAUCAGGGGAAGCAGACGCAGCUGGGGCAUGAGCGAGAACGACGGCGGUAUGCGGGGCUCCAGCCGGGGCUGGGCCCCCAGCGACCCGGACGGGGUGCGAGGUGGAUCAGAAUGGUUGAACAGUGGCACCAGCGGUAGUUGGAGUGGCCGGGAUAACUGGAAAUCAGAGCUAACAAGAUGGGAGAGUGAAGCUGAAUACUUAUGCUUUAAUACAGAGAAAAUGGAAAUGGGAAAUGUUCAUUCGGGCAAUCUAGCUCUCCCUGUCGGUAUGAUGAGUGGUGACUAUGAACGUAGCUCUUUAGGGAGCUCCAGGUCUUACAUGGAACCGAUUCCUAGUAGGAGUGAGAGGUUUGGACCUUAUGAGUCGCAUGACUCCAGGUCUGCUCUGGAUGGCCAUGAUCUGUAUAGAUCUGGCUACGAUUUACAUGAACCAGGACGAAGCCGCUUUGGGGAUAGCUAUCCUGAUCGAUCCGAGAACUCCUACAGGAAUUUCGGUGAUCAAUACCUUGACCCUUAUGAAGGUAGAAGCCAGAGCCGAUUAUAUGAUAAAAGCAGGUCUAGCUGGGAUGACAGCUACUCACAUUCAAGCACAAUGCCUAGGGUGUGGGCUGAUUCGGAUACGGGAAGAGGAAGUUACUCUUCCUACAGCAGCUUUUCUACACUCCUUUCGAAGCCUUCAUCUGGAGGCUCUCGGGGGAGGGGAACGCUUGCUUAUUCUGGCACCGAGUAUGGAGGCGGACCCUAUUCGAUGAUGGGAGGACAAGGAGGAGGCAGAGGUCGAGGCAGAGAACAAUCAGAUUUAGAUAUGUACUCAAGACCUCUCAUACAAAUUGAUACAAGUUAUCAGCCAUACAAGAGAGGUGGGUUUGCAUCCAAUUUUGGACGGGGCAUGAAAAGGAAAGGGAUACAACCGAAUAAAGCUGCAGUAAAGAAGCAGAAACUGGCAUCUGCUGAAAAGGUUCUCAAAGCUCCUGCUAAGGCACCAAACCAAGCAAAUGCACGAAUAAAGAUGACCUUAUUAAGUACUGGCCAGGAUCCAGACAAGGAUGAAGAUUUUACUAAAGAUGCAUAUGAUCCAGAUGCAUAUGAAUGCUUUGAUAAAAAUGAAGGUAAAAAGAAGACUGAUACUGAGGAUGAAGAGGAGAAAAAGAAACUAGAAGCAAGAAGAGAGAAACAACGACGCAGGCGUGAGAAGAACACUGAGAAAUAUGGAGAGGAUUACCGGAAUGCGUUUACGUGCUCACUUUGUAAAUUUCGAACUACAGAGGAAGUGGAGAUCGAAGCUCAUCUGGAAACUCCUUACCAUAAAGAAACACUCGAGUUCAUUGGAAAAAACAUUCUGUUUGAAAAAGGAGCUGCGGAUUUUCUUCAUGCAUCCAUGGUAAACAAAAAUAAGAAAAUUGCAGCUCGUAAACAAUUCCAGCAGCAAGAACAAAGGGAUCCGGCCCAAAAGCUUUCAAAGGAUGUUUUAAUGGGAGUUUCUUCAGAUGAUCAAAUGAAAAAGGUUGAAGCGGUUCAAUGUGCUGUCUGCAACACCUACAUUCCCUUCCUGUUUCAUUCUGUACAACAACAUUUGAAGUCCAAUGAACAUAUCAAUAGCAAGAAGAAUUACCAUGACCAGGUCAGAAGGGAGAGUCUCCUCACAGCCAGUAGCAUGCUGAACAACCCGACCGUAAAGGCUAAAUUUGAUCUCUACUUAAAGGGCGAGAACCCUUUUGAAAAUCCUCAGGAGCUGCAACAGCAGGAGCAGCAACAAUCGGAAGAGCUGGAACAGGAGCCGGAGCACGAGGAGGACAACGAGGAGGGCAAUGAGGAGGAAAAUCAAGAAGAGGAGGAAAGGCAGGCGGAUGAAGCAGAUGAUCAAGCACCGGAGAAAGAGGAAAACCAGGCAGAGAUGGAGGACGUAGCAUGUGAGCCCUCUGACCCGUAACACUAUCAGAAUGAGAGUGUAGUUACUUCUUUUCAAACUUGUAAACAAUGCAGCAGUAAUGAGAAAGAUGCUUCCCCGCUAUCCUCAAAAGCAUUGUUGUGAUGAUUUUGUACGCCAUGGCUGAUAGUAAUCGCAAUGCUUUCUCAGCAGCCUAUUAAUGUGUUUUUUUUUGUUAAACAGAAUAGUGAUUAGUUUUCCAUGAACAACCAUGUAUUAAUGGAAGAAAUGCUAACUGAGUAAUGUAUUUGGUCAAAGUUGAAAAGUAAGAGCAAAGGUAAAGGUGUUUUAAAACGAGUCUGUUGAGCUCUUAAAUGUGGAACAAUAUUCAUUCAUGUCUUUUAAAAAAAUGUUUAUGUAUUUGGUGUGUAUGGUGUUUAGAACCUUGUCAAUAACCUGCUUAAUUUGUUGCAUAGUUUAGAAAGGCAAAGAAAUGCUGCCAUUUCUUUUGUUAAACAUUUCCACUGUAAUCAUUUAGAAUAGUUAUUGCUUAGCCACUGAUUCACAUUAAAGGAUUUUGCUUGUUCUCCCCACAUUGUAAAAGUCAAAGCCUGGCUCGGUCAUCCAUUCACUAAUGUAAACCUGUGUGCGAUAGUGAGACUUUGUUUGCUAUUAACGGGAAUAAAAAUGUUUAGAUUAUGUAA